CGGGAGGCGGAGUCCCGCUUCAUCGGCUACGACCAGUGGAUCCUGGGCAUGCGCGCCGACUCGGAGCCGCCCGCCAGGCUGCGCGCCAGCAGGGACUCCGGGUUCCGCCCGUCCGACGCGUCUUCGUCGACGGCUUCCAGCGGCGGCGGUGGGUUCUUCCAGAGGCGGCGGAAGGUGGAGGCGGCGGGGGUGGACGUGUACCAGGCCGCCGCGGGGAGGUCGCUGCCGUCGCUGGGGGCUCGCCCCGUGGCCUUCGUGCCGCCGGAGAGGCGCGGGCCCCGCGCCGGUAGGGCGCGCUACUGCCCCGCGGAGAUCCGGCACCACCACCAGCACCAGGAGGACGAGGAGGAGGAGGAGGAAGAGGCGCUGUACGAGCGCAUAGCCGGAGACUCGGACGCACGAGUAGGCGACGAACCCAGCGCCAGCGGCUCGGACGGCGAGGGCUACGCGCCGCCGGGGGUUUCGCCCUCCCUGCGGCGGCGGCCCGUGCGCAGGCGGCGGUCCAGCCGGAGAGCCGCCAAGUACGUGUGCAGGGCGUCUUCCACGCUGAGGCGCAACCGCCGCUGCAGGAAGCCCGGUGACAUCACUCAGAAGGGCUAUGAGAAGAAACGCACCCGGCUGCUGGCGCCGUACGUGCCCAAGCAGAGUCAAGCCCGGCCCCGCUCCGCGGGCUCUGCCCCUUCCACCGCCGCCGGGGGCGGCUCAACCAGCCCCGCCUCCAGGGCCAAGCGGCGCGGCAACCGCCGUCUGACGCGCAACGAGAGUCGCUACCACUCAGAGGUGCGUCAGGAGGCGGUGCAGCAGGCGCUGGCGGCGAUGCAGAACAGACCCAAGCCCUCGCUGCCCAUGCCUUCCAAGAGGACCUCCGUCAUGGCCAGGAGCCCCGACAGAGAGCUGCGGGACUCGGCGUCCAGCUCGGACGACGACAGCCUGGUGAAUGAGGGCGACGCGCAGAGCACCCCGGAGCGCGAGCGGGCCCGCGCCGCUCCCCUGCAGCAGCAGCAGCAGCAGCAGCAGCAGCAGCAGUCGGACACGUCGAGCACGGGCUCAGCGCGCGAGACGCCGCCCCAGCAGUCGCGCCAGCAGCACCGCCUCCUGCCGCCCCCGCCGCCGCCCCAGCAGCAGCAGCAGCAGCAGCAGACGACGCGGCUGCCCAACGGUGGUCCGGGGCUGGCGCCGUGGGACGAGCGCGGCGGCGACCCGGAGCGCAAAAGGGGCAAGCACGAGAUCACCGACCUCGCCGACGUCAUGCACAACCUCAGGCCGUACACGCAACCUCCAGACGUCACGCACAACACAGCCCAGUCACGUCGCCUGACGGCCGCUGAUCGAGUCAACCGCUACAACCAGUCGCGACAGUCGUCCGCAUCGGAUGACAACAUGGGCACGGGCCGGUGGAAGGUGUCGGCCAAGAUCCAGCAGCUGCUCAACACGCUGAAGAGGCCGAAGCGGAGGCCGCUGCCUGAGUUCUACGAGGACGACGACAUAGAGCUGGAGAUCGCGGCCAACCCCAAGGACCCCAACGCCCCGAGGCCCGAGGGCAGCACGAUGACCCCAGCCGUCGGAGAGCAGCUGGUGGUUCCAUCCGGCCUACCUCGAAACCUGGAAGCGGCGAUCCAGAGGUAUGGCUCCGCAUCCUACAAGGCUCCGGUCGCAACGGUGCUAGACCCCAACGGCAAACUGACCAUCACGCUUACGUACGGGAAGCUGCUGAGCAGGUCGCAGAAGAUAGCCUACACGCUCCUGAACAAGGCGUUCAGCCGGGGCGGGGAGACGUGUCUCAAGUCGGGGGACCGGAUAGCGCUGGUCUACCCCAACAACGACCCGAUCAACUUCGUGUGCGCCUUCUACGGCUGCCUGCAGGCGGGCAUCGUUCCGGUCCCCAUCGAGGUGCCGCUCACCAGGCGGGACGCGGGCUCGCAGCAGAUCGGCUUCCUGCUGGGCAGCUGCGGCAUCCAGGUGGCCCUCACGUCGGAGGCCUGCCUCAAGGGCCUGCCCAAGACGGCCGCGGGCGACGUGGUGGCCUUCAAGGGCUGGCCCCGGCUCCAGUGGUUCGUCACCGAGCACCUGGCCAAGACGCCCAAGGACUGGCUGCCCCCGCCGCGGCUCACCGACGACACCCCCGCCUACAUCGAGUACACGACGGACCGCGACGGCUCGGUGAUGGGCGUGACGGUGACGCGGGCGGCCAUGCUCUCGCACUGCCGCGCGCUCACCAUGGCGUGCAGCUACACGGAGGGGGAGAACGCGGUGUGCGUGCUGGACUUCAAGCGCGAGGUGGGCCUGUGGCACAGCGUGCUGACGAGCGUGCUCAACGGGAUGCACGUCGUCUUCAUCCCGUACGCGCUCAUGAAGGUCAACCCCGCCUCGUGGAUGCAGAUGAUCACCAAGUACCGCGCGAGCGUGGCGGUGGUGAAGUCCCGGGACCUGCACUGGGGGCUGCUGGCCACCAAGGACCACAAGGAGGUGAGCCUGUCGUCGCUGCGCAUGCUGCUGGUGGCGGACGGGGCCAACCCCUGGUCGCUGUCGUCGUGCGACCAGUUCCUCAGCGUGUUCCAGGCCAAGGGUCUGCGCCCCGACGCGGUGUGCCCCUGCGCCAGCUCCAGCGAAGUUCUCACCGUGUCCAUCCGCAGGCCGGGCCGCGCGGGCGUGAACGCGACGGGCCGCGGCGUGCUGUCCAUGUCGGGCCUCAGCUACGGCGUGGUGCGGGUCGACCAGGAGAACUCGCUCACCUCGCUCACCCUGCAGGACUGCGGCCAGGUGACGCCCGGCUGCAUGAUCGUGGUGGUGAAGAUGGAGGGGACGUCGCACCUGUGCAAGACGGACGAGGUGGGCGAGAUCUGCGUGAACUCGGGAGCGACGGGCAGCCAGUACUGGGGGCUGCAGGGCCUCACCAACAGCUGCUUCAGGGUGGCUCCCCUGCAGGGCGAGGGCAAGCCCCUGGGCGAGGCGGAGUUCGUGCGGAGCGGCCUGCUGGGCUUCCUCGGCCCGGGAGGCCUGGUGUUCGUGUGUGGCUCGCGAGACGGCCUCAUGACUGUCACGGGCCGCAAGCACAACGCGGACGACAUCAUCGCCACGGUGCUGGCCGUCGAGCCCAUGAAGUUCAUCUACCGCGGCCGCAUCGCCGUGUUCAGCAUCCGCGUGCUGCGCGACGAGCGGAUCUGCGUCAUAGCGGAGCAGCGGCCGGACUGCAGCGAGGAGGAGAGCUUCCAGUGGAUGUCGCGGGUGCUGCAGGCGGUGGACUCGAUCCACCAGGUGGGCGUGUACUGCCUGGCGCUCGUGCCGCCCAACUACCUGCCCAAGACACCCCUCGGGGGCAUCCACCUGUCGGAGACCAAGCGGCGCUUCCUGGAGGGGGCGCUGCACCCGGCCAACGUGCUGCUCUGCCCCCACACCUGCGUCACCAACCUGCCCAAGCCCCGCGAGAUACACUCCGCUGCGGACUUUGUUACAGACGUGGGGCCAGCCUCGGUCAUGGUUGGCAACAUUGUACAGGGUAACCGUCUCGCCUCUGCCCAGGGCAGGGAUAUGGGCAUUGUGGACGAGGAAUCAGACUCCGCAAAGAAGUACCAGUUCAUCUCGGAGAUCCUGCGGUGGCGCGCCCAGAGCACGGCGGAGCACGUCAUCUUCACGCUGCUCAACUCGAAGGGCGCGGUGGCGACGGUGCUGUCCUGCUCCCAGCUGCACAAGAAGGCGGAGCGCGUGGGGAACCUGCUGCUGGAGAAGGGCAAGAUAAACACGGGCGACCACGUGGCGCUCAUCUUCCCGCCCGGCAUCGACCUCAUCUGCGCCUUCUACGGCUGUCUCUACGUCGGUGCUGUUCCCGUGACGAUCCGGCCGCCCCACCCGCAGAACCUGCAGACGACGCUGCCCACCGUCCGGAUGAUUGUGGACGUCAGCAAGUCGGUUCUGGUGCUGUCCAAUCAGAACGUCAUCAAGUUGCUCAAGUCGAAGGAAGCGAGCAAUGUCGUCGACAUCAAGUCGUGGCCCGUCACGCUCGACACGGACGACAUGCCCAAGAAGAAACUGCCCGUGAUGUACCGCGCGCCCACGGCUGAGAUGUUGGCCUAUCUCGACUUCAGCGUGUCGACGACGGGCAUGCUGGCCGGGAUCAAGAUGUCCCACGCCGCGGUGACCUCCCUCUGCCGGUCCAUGAAGCUGGCGUGCGAGCUGUACCCGUCCCGCCACAUCGCGCUGUGCCUCGACCCCUACUGCGGCCUGGGCUUCGCGCUCUGGUGCCUCAGCAGCAUCUACUCGGGCCACCACUCGAUCCUGAUCCCUCCGUCGGAAGUGGAGGUGAACCCCGCGCUGUGGCUCACGGCCGUCAGCCAGUACCGAGUGAGGGAUACUUUCUGUUCCUAUGGCGUGAUGGAGCUGUGCACGAAGGGCCUGGGCUCGUCGGUGAACCAGCUAAAGCAGCGCGGGGUUAACCUGGGCUGCGUGCGCACGUGCGUCGUGGUGGCGGAGGAGCGGCCGCGCAUCGCCCUCUCCGCCGGCUUCUCCAAGCUCUUCUCCGCGCUGGGGCUGAGCCCGCGCGCCGUCUCCACCAGCUUCGGCUGCCGCGUCAACGUCGCCAUCUGCCUGCAGGGCGCUUCGAGCCCGGAGCCAUCGACCGUGUUCGUGGACCUCCGGGCGCUGCGCAACGACCGCGUGUCGCUGGUGGAGCGGGGCAGCCCCCACUCGCUGUGCCUCAUGGAGUCCGGCAAGCUGCUGCCCGGGGUCAAGGUCAUCAUCGCCAACCCGGAGACCAAGGGCCAGUGCGGGGACUCGCACCUCGGCGAGAUCUGGGUGCAGUCGAGCCACAACGCCAGCGGCUACUUCACCAUCUACGGGGACGAGAGCGACUACGCGGGCCACUUCGGCGCGCGGCUGGUGACGGGCCACACGGGCGAGGCGUACGCGCGCACGGGCUACCUGGGCUUCCUGCGGCGCACGGAGGGCAGCGCUCGGCCCGGCGCGGAGCAUCAGCCCGCCGGAGGAGGAGGAGGGGGAGGAGGAGGCGAGGGCGCGGACGGACAGCCCGAGACCACCCCAGAGCUUCACGACGCCGUGUUCGUGGUCGGCGCGCUGGACGAGACUGUGAUGCUGCGAGGCAUGAGGUACCACCCCAUCGACAUCGAGAACAGCGUUCUGCGCUGCCACAAGAAGAUCGCCGAGUGCGCGGUGUUCACGUGGACCAACCUGCUGGUGGUGGUGGCGGAGCUGGACGGCAACGAGAACGAGGCGCUGGACCUGGUGCCGCUGGUCACCAACACGGUGCUGGAGGAGCACCACCUGGUGGUGGGCGUGGUGGUGGUGGUGGACCCGGGCGUGGUGCCCGUCAACUCCCGCGGCGAGAAGCAGCGCAUGCACCUGCGCGACGGCUUCCUGGCCGACCAGCUGGACCCCAUCUACGUGGCGUACAACAUGUGAGGCCGGCGCCGCCGCCCGCCGUCUCCCCCCUCUCUCUCUCUCUCCGCGUGGAGGCCCGGAGACUCCCCGGGUUCCGUCUCUUUAGCCCCGCGCGAACAUUCGAAAUUAAUAGCUUGUUAGUUAAAAUACCAAUUGUUUACGAAUGUGUCUGUGGGAUUCCUAAAAUGAGGAAAAAUUUCAGUAUCACAGAAUAUUGUAUCAUUUUUAGAAAUUUUUUUUUUUCUUUUUUAGAUCUACAACAUAUUUCGCUACAGGUUUAAAGCCUCUCACUGUACGUUCUUUUUUAAACCCCGUCUUGUAAAACAGGUACUGCACUUCUUUUGUAUAUUCCCUUUGGCACUGUCUAUUCAAUUUUUUUUUAUUUAUUUUUUUUUAAAGAUUACCGUUAAACACAAAUGAAUAAUAAUUUAUAUUUUUCCUUCGAGAUUUUAAUAUUUGAACAAAAUGCUACUACACAUGAUUAUUGUACCUGACUUAAACGUAACCAAGCUUUCAUUUUUAGUAUUACGUAUUUGUGUAUUUUUUUUUUUCCAAAAGACACUACAGUCCAUAUUUACUUUUAUCUUUUACUAUGAAUUUUUGUCAUGUGGAAAGAAAAAAAAUUUCAGUGGGAUUAUAAUUCUCAUUCUUGCUAUUCAAAUUCAAUAUUCGUAUUCUAACUAUAAAAAAAAAAACAACUGAUAUUCUCGCACAGGCCUAAUACUCUUGCAUUGGACCACGGUUAUUUGGACAUGGCCCUCUACGACCGUAAGCCAUGGAUGCCUGGAUUUUAUACAAAAUAAUUUAAGUUGCUUGUUUUACUCCUAUAUGAGUAUAUAUGACAAGAAGCAUUCCUGAGAGACUAAAAACAAGAGAGAAAUUUUCUUACGGUUGUUUUAUGUUAUACAUGUAUGAUGUCAAUAAUGAAACUGGCUUGUUUUAAUUUACUAAAUCGCCCAAAUAUUUUUUUUUUUUAACUUCAGAGCCUUUAAAACCUAAAAAAUACGUUCUCUCUAGGAAAUCGGCCAAUGGAGUAGGACAUGUUGGUAGUAGCUUUGAGCUUCUGCCGGGCGCCAAGGAAUUCGCGAAAUUUCCGGGUCUCUACUUCGACACUUUCAUCCUUCCCAAUUCAUUCCAUCGAUGCAUCGUCCGACCGUCACCACCGGGGACGUUAAGCCCCAGUGCGAUCGUUAUUUCGCCCCAGCGUCGAUGCCAAGUUGCUUUGGUUGCCUGAGAGAGAGCUUACCUAGAAAAUCCUCUUAUUAAGCCACUCUGUUAAGUUUUUUUAAUUACAAAAUAUUCUCACUCGACUAACGAUCGAUGCUUUUCCUAAAACAAUACGUGAAGUAAUUUUCUUUUGUCUUAUACUCCUCAUCAUUCUAUUCAUAAGCAUGCUAUAAUCUGAAUUUUCUUUUUAUGAUUUGGCAUUAUCUGGAAGGAAAAAAGUGAAAAAUUCCGUUCCAUUAAUUUAGAAGAUGCUGCCCGGACAGAUUUUUUUUUGUAAUAUAAACUGAUAAUGAUUAUUUAGAAAGCUGUUUUAAUCAUUAUGUUAUUAAAAAUUGUUUCUUUGUAAAUUUCUUCGUGCAAUAUUCCUCCUUUAAAAUAUUUUUGUAUUUAUAUGUUAUUGUUAAUGUAGCUUUAGUUUCUAAGGUUCAUAUUUAAAUGUAUAUUACGUUGCACACUAUUAAAGCAUGUUAUGGAUGAACCACCGUCGCCAGUCUGUCGAGAAGACUGCGCCACAUUGUCGGUAGUUUCUAAGUCACGAACCGCUGUGUACAUUUUCCUUGUGCCAACUUGUGUCGCUCGCAUCUCGAGAGAAUGUUUGCUGUUACAGUUGGUAGUAGAGCAAUGCCCACGAGUAACUUUCACGCCAUUCGGUGACUUUGUGGCUUUGUAACGCGAUGCAACAAACGAAGAGAUUUCUUUGGCACUGCACAACUUCUUUUUGUGGAACUAGCUUUGUACUGGGAUUAUUUUUUUUUUUUUUGCAAAUAGUACAGGCAAAUGUUUGUGGAGGAUUUCAUGCUCGGAAUAUUGAAGUUAGGUAAUAUAGAUGUAGCCUGUCUGAACACGGCUUGGUAGCUACCAAAACUGUAUCAUAGUCACAAUUGUAUUUUGUACAUUUUGUUCCGGAGUUCAUGAAUUGCUUAUGCGCUUGAUAUCUUCAAGACUAUGUUUGAAUUUUUUUUUUUGAUUGUGCUAUUUUUUUUUUCUUUAAAUUAUUAGUGAACGUUUUAUCACACACUAAAAAUUAUUGAUAUGAUAUUCAAACUGUGGUUAUGUAUAAAAUUUUGCAAGAUAGUGUUAUUAUUAAGAAUUAUUUAAUGUUCCAUGCAAUAUCAGUAGUUGAUAAUGGAUGUUUGUAUAACAUUGGGUAACUCAUGUACCAUAUUUCAGUAAUGCUUUAUAGUAAAAAAAAAAUUGAAUGAGAAACAAAUGUGUGAAAAAAUGAGACCAUAUGGAGUAAGGUGUUUGUAGUGUUUUUUAUGCACGAUGUUAAAUAUUUAAGUUUGUUUUGAGGUAUGCAUAGUAAUUUUUAAAGAAACUUUUGAAAUAAAAAAAAAUUCAAAUACCAUUGGUUGUGUAGAUAGUAUUCUUGUCUAUAUAUAUAAAAAAAAUAAACAGUGUGGUUUUUUGCAGUAUUUUGACAGCGUAAACUUUUUUAUCAUUAAUAUUUUCAAUAUUUUUAUAACAAAACAUACAUAAUUUAAUUGUUCCUUACUUCAUGUGGUGGUUUUAAAGUAAAUGUGAUUUUGUUAGCCUGUGAAAAAUUUUCAAAUACAUAAUAUUGUGUACCAUACAAUUUGAUAGCAUUGGUAGUAGUUUUGAUCUCUGAAUAGUUAUGUUGAACUUGUUGUUUUUUUUAAAUGUUAAUGAUGUGUUAUUAAUGAACAGAUAAAUUUUUUUAAAACAAAACCAGGCAAGACUAAAGUGUUUUGUUAUAUGUAUAGUGCACAAACUUGAAAAAAGUCAUGAUUGUAUUAUAAUUUUUUUUUAUAUCCACAAUGUCAGCAGAAGACAUGUAACAACCAUUUUUAUUACGAACUGUAAUGGCGUCUGUUCUAGGAUGCUAUCGAAGAUUUGUAAUCACCAUUGGCCAUGUUAAUGCAGCUCUAGGGAUGUUGAGUUUUACGGAAUAAGGGGAACCUCUAUUUUGCACUUUUCCAAGGGACCAGAGCGGAGUAUGGAAGUCAUUGUUGUCCGUGGAAUAUUUCUCGAUACAAAUAUUACAAAGGAAUCCAAUAAACACGGUGCACAAAGAUGCUGCAAAGUAUAAAAUUUGAGGGUUUUAAAAUAGAGGUUCUUCUGCAUAUCAUAUUUAAAUGCAAGAGUAAAAGCAUUAUGUACAAGUUUCUUCAUUUGUGUUUACAAUAAAUGUCAUGUAAAUUUUUUGCUA